UUGAAGAACAUAAGCAACAACUUGUUACUGAAUUGAAGUAGCAAGAAUAAAAAUGAGUUCCAAUUCCAAACAAAAUCAGCACUCUGUUGAAGUAACAGAGGUUGAUGAUGCUUACCCCAUUGCUCUGUCACUAUGCUUCAGUCGAAUUUUUCCUGCAAUUUUGAAUGCUGCUGUUGAUCUCAAUUUGUUUGAUAUCAUUGCAAAGGCACAAAAAUCAAGUGGUUCAAGCUUGUCUGCUGCUGAAAUUGCUUCUCACCUUCCAUUUCAACACUCAGAAUUGGCCAUUAGGCUUGAAAGGAUGUUACCUGUGUUGGCUAGUUUUUCUCUGUUAACUUGCUCCAUUCGCACCACUGAAGGUGGUAACAGAGAAAGAGUCUAUGCUAUCUCACCUGUUGGAAAGUACUUUAUAUCCGACAACAAUGAAGGCUCUUUGGGACCCCUCUCCGCUUUAAUGCAUAGAGGAUUUCGCGAUAUUUGGAAUGAUGUCAAGGAUGCCAUUGUUGACCCUAACAACAAUAACCAAUUCAAAAAUGCCUAUGGAUCGCUACCUUUUCAAUAUAUGGAGAAAAAUCAUGGAUUGAAUGACUUGUUCAACAAAGCAAUGGCCGGGGCCAGCACCUUGGAAUUGAAUCAAAUCCUUAAGAUAUAUAAAGGAUUUGAGGGAGUGUCAACAUUGGUUGAUGUUGGUGGUGGAGUAGGUCAGGCCUUGGAACAAAUUCUCUCUCAAUAUCCUUCAAUAAAAGGAAUCAACUUUGAUUUGCCUCAAGUAAUUCAAACCGCCCCACCUCAUCCAGGGAUUGAGCAUGUUCCGGGAGAUAUGUUUGAAAGUGUUCCAUCUGGUGAUGCCAUCAUGCUAAAGCGUACAUGUCACAAUUGGUCCGAUGAAGAUUGUGUGAAAUUUUUGAGAAAUUGUCAUAAAGCUUUGCCAGAGCAUGGAAAGGUGAUUAUUGUGGAAAAUAUAUAUCCAGAAGUUCCAAACUCAAGCGUUAUGUCUAAGUGUGUCAGUGCUGGUGACAAUCUCAUGUUUUUGGUACAUCGUUCAAUGGAAAGAACUGAGAAUGAAUUUCGAAGCUUGUGCUCUAAUUCUGGAUUUUCCAAAUUUCAUCUUGCAUGCGGCAGUGGUUCCUCGUCUGUAAUGGGAGUGAUGGAAUUUUAUAAAUAAGGAUGACAAAUAAGAAGCUCGGAUUCUCAACAAGUUGCCAGCUCUCUUGAAAAAUGUUGAGAGAUCGAGGAAAUAAUGGAAUCUGUUUUGCAUUGUUUUUAUGUACUCGUGCUUUAUUUAAUAUUGAUCCGUUAUAAUAAUGUUACAAAUAAGUUGAGUUAUAUGAAUGUGAACAAAUACAUUUAAAACCUAUAA